UCACACCGUACCAUCAAAAGUCUAAUGGAUAGACCAAGAUUUGCCUAGCAUAAGUUUGAAGCGAUGGUAGUGCGAUUCAUAACGAAAAGAUUUAUAGGCGAAUAUGACUCCCAAGAAAGAAUAUACAAUUUCAACACCGUCAUUGACAAUGAAACUGUUAAUUUUGAAAUACUGGAUUCUUGUGGCAUAAAUAACCAGGAAAGUGAAAGCUUAAUUAAUCAGUUUGAGACUAAUAUAAGAUGGGGCGAUGCAUUUAUCUUAGUCUACAGCGUAACCGACAAAUGUAGCUUCGAAGAAGUUAAUAGACUAAAAUUUCUCAUAAAUUACAUUAAGCGGAGACGAAAGAUACAUAAGGAUGGAUUCAUAGAUGCGCCAGUAUUACUAGUUGCAAACAAAAUUGAUCAAAUUUAUGACCGAAUGGUAACAAAGGAUGAAGGCAAAAGACGAUGUGAAGAUAUUGGAUGUGUUUGUUUUCAUGAAAUUACUACAAGAGAAAGUAUUGAUGAUGCUCAAGGAGUUUUUAGGGAUGUGUGCCGAUUUUGGCGAUUCUUUUCAAAAUUUCCAAAACUGAAGAGAUCAAAAAGCGACAACAUAAGAUUAUCAAUGACUAUACAUUCCGAUGUUGAAAUGGUUUUAAGUCCGGAUAAAAUUUUAUCAAUUUACUGUGAUCUACAAGAUGAUAGAAGAAGAUCAGUAUUACUUUUUGAUAGAACUAGGUCACAAUGGAAUGGAGAUGAAGAAGAAGUAGAUGAAUUUGAUGAACUUGAACCUUCGUCUAUGAAUAAUAAUGAACCAUUCCGAUCAAGAGCAAAAACUGAUGGAAAUUUAAUGAUGUCUAAGACUAGAAAAUGGAAAAUUACAUCUCCAUUGAUGUCGUCAUCCACCAAAUCUUUUUCAAUGUAUCGAAUGGUUAACAGAAGAAAUUCAAUGUCUAUGCGUGGUCAUGUAAGCUAUUAAAUUUUUGUGUUUUAAACUCUACUUUAUUCACAACAAAUUUCGAGUGGUCACAGAUAAUAUAUUUGGGGUAUAUUGGUAACAUUUGAAGCCAUUUUGGCAAAUAAAUCUUCCAGGAAGUUGCUUAAAUUUUUAAAUGUUUAUAAAGGCCAAACAUUAAACAUUUUUUUGCAUAAUGUUCGAUGUAGAUAAAUCAAUUCGUUGUUCAACUAUUUAUAUUUUAAAUCUCAGUAUAUUAAACAAGCUGUAACGUAUUUAUUAAAUUUGAACAAUAAAUGUGCUGAAUGCUGUAUAUCUGAAUAAAAAUUUUGAAUUCAAUAUAACCGUUUAUGGCUGGAAUGUAGCAUAUUCUUCGGCUCUCAAUGCAAGUUCCCGAAUGUUCUUUAAACAUCCA